AGCCGAUGUGUAGUGUGACUAUAAAAUCUAUCAAAUAAAUACAAUAUGCCGUAUAUCAUGGUAAUGGGCAGCCUGAGCGCGCCGCAUCUAUCUAAAGAUGAAGGAGCAACUGUCUACGGACUGAAAAGCGAAGAAAGAGCUGCGCUUGUGAGGGAGAUGAACUCAUCUUUCGGCAUGGUAGUUUCAACGUCAUCCGAUCAAGAACGGACCGUUCGCGUAACCCAGAAGGGUCUUACACUCGUACUCGUCAACAGAAUCCAUGGUCUACUGGGUUACGAUGUUGUAUCACAUGCCAUGGCGAUGACCAAUGCGAACCGAGAACUAAUUUCAUUCACCAUGUACAAGAAGUCAAGUGGAAACUCUCACAGUCAGUCUCAUGGUCAAACUCAUAGCCACGGCCAUACUAGCUCUCAUAAAAGUCAUACACACAGCAGCGUGGUCACGCUUUGAUUUUAUUUAGUCGACAUGAUGACGUACCUACUUCACCUGAUGAUGCUCAUUCUAUCACGUGGCUUUAGGAUCAACGAAUCAAAUCAGCCUUACUUUAUCUCGUUGAAAGUCGCAAAAUUUGCUACGAUGUAAAUAAAUAAUUGUGAUAUAACGGUUAUUUAUGUAACAUUUAUGAAUGUGUAUAAAUGUAAUAAAUAGGUCUAUUAAAAUAAAAAAGUUGUCUUGAACAUAAA